AUGUCAUGGGAACAAGUUUUAAGAUAUGCCAGCUUGAGGAAGAGAUAUAUCUCUUUGUAUGCUUCACUACUUAAAUCUGACCCCACUCAGGUGACAAUUAGUGGCAACAAAGAGAUUGAAGACCUAGAUCGGGAACUUGAUAUUGAACUCAUAUUGCAAUGGAGAAUGUUGGCUCACAAGUUUGUGGAGCAAUCAGCAGAGUCAAACCAUAACAUGAGGAAACAGAAAGCUCAAAAAUCUUGGACUAGUGAAUCUCCUAAAGAGGAAAGUGAGGAAUUUAGGUUCAGUGAAGAGGACUGGAACCAGUUGAAUAAAAUAAUAGGAUAUAAGGAGGGUGAUGAUGGACAAUUGGCUGUAAAUAGCAAGGAGGAUGUUAUCCAUACUUUUCUGGAAGUUCACAUGAAUCAUAAUGCUUCAAAGCUUAUCGGGGAAACCAAAGAGUCUGUUGCUGAAUUAUCAUGUGAAGACCUCAGUUGCUCAAUAAAACUUUAUCCAGAAACAAAGGUCUUUGACAUUAAGUUGGGCUCCUAUAAGUUAUCAUCACCAAAAGGUCUCCUUGCAGAGAGUGCAACUUCCUAUGACUCAUUAGUUGGUGUCUUCCAUUACAAACCUUUCGAUGACAAGGUGGACUGGAGGAUGGUUGCCAAAGCAUCUCCAUGUUACAUGACUUACAUGAAGGACAGCAUUGAUCAAAUUCUGAAAUUCUUUGAAAGUAAUACUGCUGUAAGUCAGACCAUAGCACUAGAAACUGCAGCUGCUGUUCAGAUGACAAUUGAUGAAGUGAAGCGCACUGCACAACAGCAAAUGAAUAGAGCAUUAAAGGAUCAUGCCAGUGAUGUAUCAGCAUUUUUGUUUGAUGGGGACUAUCACUGGAGCCAAGUUUCUAUGAAUAAGUCUGCCCAUUCAACUAGCAACAGUUUCUUCCCAAUUAUUGACAAGUGUGGAGUCAUCUUACAGCUUCAACAGAUUCGUUUAGAGACUCCAUAUUAUCCUGCAACACGCCUUGCUGUGAGGCUUCCAUCAUUGGGCUUUCAUUUUUCACCUGCUCGGUAUCAUCGGCUGAUGCAUGUGAUAAAGAUUUUUGAGGAGGACGAUGGUGACAGUUCUGAGUUUCUUCAUCCUUGGAAUCAGGCUGAUCUUGAGGGUUGGUUGUCUCUUUUAACUUGGAAGGUAGUGAUCUCAUUAGACCCUUUUGGUAAGCUCUAUUGGCUCUAUCGUUGUCCAUGUAGCACUAAUCUGGAUUUUUAUUGGAUUACAUUUAAGGACUACAGUCAGUUUCUUCAGUUAGCUUUGGUUGAGGUCGAUGUUGAUAUGUUUGAGGGAUCCCUCAGCCAGAGGCUCCAAUGUGGGAACAUCUUGAUUCACCUAAUGAAUAGAUGGAAGGGGCACAAGAACAAGUUGUCACCCCAAUCGGGCAAUCAUAGUGUUGCCGAUAGUGCGUCAACCGGUGCAUGCGCACCUCAUCUCCAACAUGUUGUCUUCAACCCAGCUCGCGACUACUAUACAUGGCGGUGCAUUUGGCCAAAAUUUUGGCAGAAAAUCUUCGGUGUUGAACUCAACUUGUUAUCCCUCUUUCUAGAUUUGUCCCGGCCUUUCCUUGAGCAUGAUGGAGAUGAUGGCCUCAAGUGUGUGAGUGUGUCAGAGAAUUCUCUUACCAAUGGUGAUUUUCAUGGCUUCGUGCAACAGAGAGAGAACCGAGAAGAAGGUCUUUUAAGUGAGUUGUUAGGUUUUGAUGCUCCAAUUUCUGGACUAUCUGAAACCUCAUCAGAUCAGGAGGAUACUGAAUCUGAACAUGAUAUUGAUGUAGGGAUUGCUGAAAGUUUGUUUGUAACAGGUGUUCUUGAUGAGUUAAAGAUUUGCUUCAGUUAUAGUUAUCAGUCGGAUCAGAGCUUAAUGAAAGUUCUCUUAAAUGAAGAAAAUCAAUUGUUUGAAUUUCGGGCAAUAGGCGGUCAGGUGGAAGUUUCUAUCAGAGACAAUAACAUUUUUGUUGGCACUAUCUUGAAGUCUUUGGAAAUAGAAGAUUUAGUUUGCUAUAGUCAACAAUUGUCCCAGCCUUGUUUUUUGGCAAGAUCUUAUAUUGGGACUGCGGCUGAAAAUUCAUUACUUUACAAUACCGUGAGAGAAGAUGUUGAAAGUGGUGGAUUCAUUCCUACUGAAACUGAUGAUAAGUUUUAUGAGGCACCUGAGACUUUAGCAGAAAGUGCUGAGUAUCCUAUGCAGUCUCCUGGAGGUACAUCAGAAUACCGAACUAGUUCGGCCAGUGACAUCCAAUUAAAUAAUUCAUCUCUGAAACCCCCAAAGUUUAGUCGCAUUACUGGACUUCUACCUUGUGACUCUUCUUCUAGUAGGAAGGAGCUACAACUCCAUGACACAUUGGAGAGUUUUGUCAAAGCUCAAAUAAUUAUCUAUGACCAGAAUUCUUCUCAGUAUAAGAAUAUAGACAAGCAGGUGAUAGUUACUCUGGCUACGUUGACAUUUUUCUGUCGAAGACCAACAAUCCUUGCCAUUAUGGAAUUUAUUAAUUCCGUGAGUAUUGAGGAUGAGAGCCUUGCAACUUCUAGUGGUAUCCCUUCAACAGCCAGAAUUAAAAAUGAUGUUUCAGGAGAUGUAGAUGAUGUACAAUCUACUGGUGUUGAGGAUCAUGCUGUUAAGGGCUUGUUUGGAAAAGGUAAAUCCAGAGUUAUGUUCAAUCUGACAUUAAAAAUGGCACAGGCUCAAAUCCUUUUGAUGAAGGAAAAUGAAACCACACUUGCUUGUUUGUCUCAAGAGAGUUUGCUUACAGAAAUCAAGGUGUUCCCUUCCUCCUUUAGUAUUAAAGCAGCAUUGGGGAAUCUAAAAAUCAGUGAUAAUAGCCUACAUAGCAGUCAUUUAUAUUACUGGGCAUGUGAUAUGAGAAAUCCCGGGGGCAGAUCUUUUGUGGAGUUGGAGUUCACAUCAUUUAGCAACGAUGAUGAAGACUAUGAAGGUUAUGAUUUCAGUCUUUUUGGAGAACUUUCAGAAGUGCGCAUUGUGUAUCUGAAUCGAUUUGUGCAGGAGGUUAUUGGCUACUUCAUGGGUCUUGUUCCAGACAGCCCAAAGAGUGUUGUUAAAGUAACAGAUCAAGUCACAAAUUCAGAGAAGUGGUUUUCAGCUAGCGAGAUUGAAGGAUCACCGGCUGUGAAGUUUGAUCUUUCUCUCAAGAAGCCUAUAAUAUUAAUGCCACGGAGGACAGAUAGCCUUGAUUUUCUGAAGCUUGAUAUUGUUCAUAUAACUGUGAAGAACACAUUUCAGUGGAUUGGUGGAAGUAAAACUGAGAUUAAUGCAGUGCACUUGGAAACAUUGACUGUCCAGGUUGAAGAAAUCAACUUGAACGUUGGAACUGGAUCAGACAUAGGUGAAAGCAUAAUUCAGGAUGUGAAUGGGCUAUCUGUGAUUAUUCACCGGUCACUUCGAGACUUAUUACAUCAAUUUCCAAGUAUUGAAGUUAUAGUCAAGAUUGAAGAGUUGAAGGCAGAAAUGUCAAAUAAAGAAUAUGAAAUCAUUACUGAGUGUGCUGUCUCUAACUUUUCUGAGGUCCCACAUAUUCCUACACCGUUGAAUCAAUAUUCCUCCAUGACAUUAAAUGAUGCAACAGGAGAUGUUGCCCCUGAGGUUACUAAUGGUGAUUCAGGGACCACAAAUGUUGAAGCCUCUGUCCUUCUGAAAGUCAGCAGUGCAUGGCUGCUGUAUAAGUCCAGUACAGCAGGAAAUGGAUUCCUCUCUGCAACACUGCAAGGUUUCAGUGUGUUUGAUGAUCGUGAGGGAGUUGAACAAGAAUUUCGGUUAGCAAUAGGAAAGCCUGAGGAUGUAGGACCCAAUCCUAUAAAUACUUCUUCAUAUGAUCAAAACAAGGACUCAGUUGAUAGUAGCUUAAUCAAGGGAAAUGAUUUCGAUCUAGUUCAGACAAUGCUCAUUGUUGAUGUAAAAUUUGGUCAGGAUUCGACAUUUGUUUCUUUGGGUGUCCAGAGGCCUCAGUUGCUUGUUGCACUAGAUUUUCUUCUUGCUGUAGUUGAGUUUUUCGUUCCAACAGUCAGCAGUAUGCUAUCAGUUGAAGAACCUAGGUCUGACAUGCUCGAAGCUAUCAUCAUCGAUCAAUCAGUCUACAAGCAACCUUGUGCUGAAUUUUCCUUGUCACCUAAAAAGCCUUUAAUAGUUGAUGAUGAUAGUUUUGAUCACUUUAUUUACGAUGGUGAUGGUGGAAUAUUAUAUUUAAAGGAUAGACAAGGUUUUAAUCUUGCAGCAGCUAGCCCAGAGGCUAUAAUAUACAUUGGAGAAGGGAAGAGGUUGCAGUUCAAAAAUGUUGUUAUUAAGGGUGGAAAGCAUUUGGAUUCUUGUGUAUUUCUUGGAGCAAACAGUAGCUAUUCAGCUUUAGAGUCUGAUCACGUUUACUUGGAAGAAUUAGUUGAAAGUCCUCAGUCUAGGUCUGUGAGAGGAAGUGACGAAGUACCAUGUCAGAAUAAUGCUGUUAACAACUCCACAGAACUGAUCAUUGAGCUUCAGGCUGUUGGCCCUGAGCUUACCUUUUAUAACACCUCAAAAGAUGUAGGAGAGUUAUUAAACCUAUCUAAUAAACUUCUACUUGCACAGUUGGAUGCAUUUUGCAGGUGA